AUGCCAGCUCAGCCCUUCACAUACCCGGCAUCAACACCAGUCUCCGUUCAUCCCCUCGCCAUCAACCUAGCCGCCCCUCCCUCCAAAUCCAACGCACUCACUUCCUCCUCCUCUUCUCCCCAACGGGCCUCAUUCUUCCACCACCUAGUGCAUCACCUCCCUAUCUUCCUCCCCCUCGCCCCUCUCCUCCCAAACCUCAUGGCCCAAGGCGCGCGAUUACUCAUACAAGAUCGCAAGUGGUUGCAUGUCAUGGCACCACACUACCUUGGAGCCCCGCCACAUCAAGUCACUCAGCUGCCACAACCAGACAAGCCCACCCACCUGCUUUUCGUGCAGAGGCUCAUUCAGGUGCCGUUCAAUUCGUUUCUGGUUACUAUCACCUCGGUUUUCUCCAUGCCAUCCGUCCUGCCCUCCACUCCACCCCACCUUCCUCCCUUUCCCACCUCCCCCCCCCCUCCCCCACCUUUCCCUCACUCUCCCCCCUUCUCUUUUAGUGGAACUCCACUUACUCCCACUCCAAACGCCCUUUCCCCUUCACUCCCCCAGUUUCUGAUCCCCACUCCCUCUCUGUCUCCCCCCUCUCCCCCCUGCUCUUCUCCCCCCCUCACCCUCCCAUCAGUCCUGCUUCCAGCACUGCACCCACCCCUCCCGCUCGCUCCUCUCCUUUCUUCAAAAAAUACUCACUCUCCCUCUCGUCCCCCACUUCUCUCCCGCACCCAUUCACCCCCUCUCACCCACCAGCCCUGCUUUCAGCACUGCACCCGCCCCUCCCCCGCGCUCCUCUCCUCGCUGCGCUCACACCACCUCCUCCCCCCCGCGGGCCUCCCCCUCUUCCAUGCCAACUGGACGCUCCGCCGCCCGCCACCUGUCCCGCUCCCGCUAGCUGGCGGCCCCAUCUCCGCUGACGUGGCGGCUGACGUGGCAGCUGACGUGGCGGCUGCUGGAGAAGGGGCGGAUGGUGACGACGACGGGGAUAAAUUCGCGGGGGUGAGGGGGAUGGUUGGGGAGGACUGGGCGGUGGUGGCGGCGGUGCCACCUGGCGCGAUGCUAUUGGAUAAGAUGGAGGAGAUGGUGGAUGGCAUAAUCCAAGAUAACUGGUGGCAUGGGCGGGUGGUCUAUUUCCGAGGAGGCGUGGGCGUGGACGAAGCCAGGGCUCUCUUCUCGCGCACGCUGCUCCUCAUCUCGCCACCAGGGGAGGCUUUGGACUUCAUUCUCUUCAUGCCGCCUGCUGCUGUCGUGCUCGAGAUUCAACCCUCCUCCCAUCCCUCCUCCUCCCACCGCGCUCUCUCUCACUCCCUCUCCCUUCGCCACCACACUCUCUUCUGCAAGCUUGUCAACGUUUCCGGGCAGUCCAAAAAGCUUUCAUGUGACCGGCUUGCGCUCUCACAAGUCAUACAAGCCCUCUCCACGGAGGUUUUUUUCAGCCCAGCGCUGCCCAGAGGCAGCCGGGCAGGGCGAGCUGCCCUUGGGAAAUCAUCCAUACCCGGAUCCUUGAUCCACGGGCAGGCGCAGGUGAAAAAAUGGAAGGAAUGGGCAGCAUGUGUUGCACGGAAAGGAAAAUGGGUCCUCAACCCAAAACCCCGAACCCUCCCUUGGGAUUACCGAGGCGUGAGCAAUUACUGCGACAACCGACACUUAAGCUUAAACUCCUCCCACAUGGCAUAUGCGAGCGUUGCUGAUGCAUAUGCUAUGACGCCAGGGGCGAGUGAGGAGGGAUGGACGGUGCGGGAGGGGGUGAAGUACGAGUGGGUGGUUAGGCCCUCCACAUGCCCGGGGCCUCAAGUUCCCGAGGAGAUUAAAGCCUUUGAGCGAUCGGCCAAGGCACGACUCAAGGAGGCUCAGGAGAAGGAGAGGGUUGUGCGAUCUCAGGUGGAAAAAAACGGAACGGGAGGAGCAGCAGCGGAGGCAGAAGCAGCAAAAGCCGCAGCAGCAGCUGCGACAGAAGCAGCAGCAGCGGCAGCAACAGCAGCAGCAGCAGCAGCAGCAGUAGCAGACCUAUCGAACCCCUGGCUGCCCUUCAACGCGUCAGUGUUCUGCAAGCGGGUGGGGCGGGGCCGGCGCAUUCUCUUCCUGGGGGACUCGAAGCAGUAUCAGAUGGUGCAGGUGUUUGUGAACCACAUGGCGUGGGAAUCGAACAAGGGAAAGGACGGAAAGAAGAAGGCGGCGCAAGAGUUGGUGACUCUGGAGGAGCGGCCAAAGGCGUGUGUGGACGCGCUGGGAGGCAACACAGCCAAGAUGGGGCACGAGUUUUGUCAGUGGUUCACUUUCAACUCCUCGGUAUGCCCGGGCUUUAAAGUUGACUUUGUUCGCAAUGACCACUUAUCGCUGUUCGAUCCAAAGGGGGCUGUAUUUGACCACAUGCCAUGGGGCCAGCCUGGUGUGGCAAAUAUCCCCUCUGCAGACGUCAUCGUUUUAAACAGGGGCCCCCACUGGACCCCUACACCUCUUUUCAUUUCCGGCGUACAAAACGCUCUGCGGUUUAUUCGGCAUAAUUUUCCGGAUAAGCUUAUCAUCUACAGGAACACUCCCCCGGGUCACAAGGAUUGCGAGGGCUACGAUCGGCCGCUGUCAAAGCGGCAAGAGCUGGGGAGUUUGCCGUUUAACUGGGGUGAAUUCCCCAAGCAAAAUCGAGUGGCUAAAGAGUUGGUGGAGCAGGUUGGAGGGGUGUAUUUGGAUGUGGAGGAAAUGGUGGGGUUGAGAGCAGACGGGCAUAACGCUUUUAUGCCAAACAGGAAUAAAACAGACUGCCUGCAUUACUGUUUCCCCGGCCCUUUAGAUGUAUAUGUACAGUUCCUGUACAAUGCACUCAUACGACUUCUGCCACCACCACCACCUGCAUCACCCCUUCAUUAA